AUGUCUUCUAUAAAAAGAAGCCCAAAGCAAGAAAUAAUUUCCCAGCUUCACUAUUCAGCUGCAGAAGGAGAUAUUGCCAGGCUAACAGUAAUCCUCAGUCAUUCUCCAUCUCUUCUCAAUGAAACUUCUGAAAAUGGCUGGACUGCUUUAAUGUGUGACAGAUCCAUUGUCAAUAAAUCAAGGCAGACUGCACUGGAUAUUGCUAAAUUUUGGGGUUAUAAGCAUAUAGCUAACUUACUAGCUAAUGCUAAAGGUGGGGUGAAGCCUUGGUUCCUAACUAAUGAAGUGGAAGAAUGUGAAAAUUAUUUUAGCAGAACACUAUUAGACCGAAAAAGUGAAAAAAGAAAUAAUUCUGACUGGCUACUAGCUAAAGAAAGCCAUCCAGCCACAGUUUAUAUCCUUUUCUCAGAUUUAAAUCCCUUAGUUACUCUAGGUGGCAAUAAAGAAAGUUUCCAACAGCCAGAAGUCAGGCUUUGUCAGCUGAACUACACAGAUAUAAAAAACUAUUUGGCUCAGCGUGAAAAGAUCACCUUGAUUUUUCUUGGAGUAGAACUUGAAAUGAAGAAAGAGUCUUUCAAUUAUCCUGGAGAAGUCCCAAGAGAAGAAGAUGGGUUGGUUGCCUGGUUUGCUCUAGAUAUAGAUCCUGUUGCUGCCGAAGAAUUUAAGCAAAGACAUGAAAAUUGUUAUUUUCUUCAUCCUCCAAUACCUGCUCUUCUGCAAUUGAAAGAAAAAGAAGCUGGGGUUGUAGCUCAAGCAAGAUCUGUUCUUGCCUGGCACAGUCGAUAUAAGUUCUGCCCAACCUGUGGAAGUGCAACUAAAAUUGAAGAAGGUGGCUACAAAAGAGUAUGCUUAAAAGAAGACUGUCCUAGUCUCCAUGGUGUUCACAAUACAUCAUAUCCAAGAGUUGAUCCAGUAGUAAUCAUGCAAGUUAUUCAUCCAGAUGGGACCAAAUGUCUUUUAGGCAGGCAGAAAAGAUUUCCCCCAGGCAUGUUUACUUGCCUUGCUGGAUUUAUUGAACCUGGAGAGACAAUAGAAGAUGCUGUUCGGAGAGAAGUAGAAGAGGAAAGUGGAGUCAAAGUUGGCCAUGUUCAGUAUGUCUCUUGUCAGCCAUGGCCAAUGCCCUCCUCCUUAAUGAUUGGUUGCUUAGCUGUGGCAGUGUCUACAGAAAUUAAAGUUGACAAGAAUGAAAUAGAGGAUGCCCGCUGGUUCACUAGAGAACAGGUUGUGGAUGUUCUGACCAAAGGGAAGCAGCAGACAUUUUUUGUGCCACCAAGCCGAGCUAUUGCCCAUCAGUUAAUCAAACACUGGAUUGGAAUGAACCCCAAUCUCUAAAUCAAAUAACUAGACUUUGAGUAUUAAUUGAUUUCUAAUAACUUAUUCCUCAAGUGAGAUUAGAAAUAUUUAGUGCUCUUUGGAAUGUCACAACACAAAAUAUCAUAUUAGGUUUCAGAAAUAUUUUCAACAUGUACUUUCCAUUUUAACCAUAGAACUUGUGUUUUUAUAAAUUACAAGACUGCCUCAGAUUUUGUUAAAAUCCAAGUCAGCCUCUCCAAACACUUUUUUGGUUGUACUCCACAAUUCUAUCUCACAAAACCAUAUUUCUAAUAGAAAAAUCAUGUUGUAAAGACGUAUAUUUUAAAAAUGUAAACAAACCAAAAAAUGUAAACAAACCUAAAUUCCACUGCCUCUUUUAAGCAUUAGACCAAUCACUAAAGUUCUAUUCUUGAGAAAUCAAGCAAAAUAAUUUUAAUGAAUUUUAAGCUUCAUUUCCAGUCUUUUCAUUACCAUAAAGGUUCUUUCAGCCA